ACUUGAAGCGAUAUUGAUCAAUAUGGCAUCAGCUCAAACACCCCUUGAGAACUCUGAAUUCUCCUUACUCAGCGUUCAGGAACUCAUCAAAGAUCCCAAUAUCACUGUGCCAAACGACUACUUUCGUCCCAAUCAAGAGCCUCCAAAACUCUUGAACGGGAACGAUCACUUCCCUGCAAUCCCCACUAUUGACUUGGAACGUUUAGUUUCCGAGGAACGCUCAGAGUUUGAACUAGAGAAGUUGGAAGCAACGUGCAAAGAAUGGGGUAUCUUUCAGUUGGUGAACCAUGGAGUUAGCUCUUCACUGCUGGAGAAGCUGAAAUUUGAGAUCCAAGAAUUUUAUAAGCUUCCUGUAGAAGAGAAAAUGAAAUACAAAAUAAAGCCUGAUGACUUUGAAGGGUAUGGAUCCCUGGCCGGAUCUGAUGGGAAACUUGAUUGGGGUGACAGGUUUUAUAUGAUAACCAACCCUGUUAACAGGAGAAAAUCACAUCUCUUUCCAGAGCUCCCUUCAUCCUUAAGGAAUACUUUAGAGUCUUACUUCCAGGAAUUGCAAAAUCUGUCCAGAAAAAUUCUUGGGAUGAUAGCGAAGAAUCUGAAGAUGGAGGUUAAAGAAAUGGAAGAGUUGUUUGAAGAUGGGAUGCAAUCAGUGAGGUUGAAUUAUUAUCCUCCAUAUUCAAAACCAGAGUUGGUUAUGGGUAUAAUUCCUCACUCUGAUGCCACUGGCAUCACUAUUUUGCAUCAAGUUAAUGGAGUUGAUGGCCUUCAGAUUAAAAAGGACGGCGUUUGGAUUCCUCUCAGCAUCAUUCCUGAAGCAUUUGUAAUAAACUUGGGAGAUAUUCUGGAGAUAAUAAGCAACGGACUCUAUCGGAGCAUCGAGCACAGGGCAUCAAUAAACUCGGAGAAAGAGAGGAUAUCAGUUGCUUUUUUCGUCUACCCAAGGUUUGAUGCAGAGAUUGGACCUGCAACUAGCCUGAUAAACCCUGAAAACCGAGCAUUAUUCAAGAGUAUAGGGAUGGAAGAUUACGUCAAAGGUCUCUUCUCCCGUAAGCUCGAUGGAAAAAAAUACUUGGACUACAUGAAGAUUGAAGAUGGUGAAUGCAUGCAGCACAACUGAUGCGAAAAAGAAAAAAAAAA